AUGUCCUCGGCCAGCGCCGCCCACUUGGAGCUCCCCAUGGUGCUACUGGCCAUGGACGUGUGGGGGUCUCCGGAGACGAAGGCGGCCUUCCUGAAGAAGCUCUCACGGGCUGCCCGCUACACCCUCAACACGUACUGGCUUUCCUCCUACAAGAAGAGCGUGGCCCGCUCCCUCGAGUCCCUGGCCCUGCAAGAGCCCCCGCCCACGGUCUACCUGCCCCACAUGUCUGUGAACCAGCUCCUGGUCGCGGCCCCCGUCUUCUUGCUCUGCACGAUCAGCUGA